AUGGCAGCCUCGAGCGACCUGCAGGCUCUGCAGCUUCAGAUUCGGAAUCUGGAGCAAAAGAUCGACUUCCAGCACAGGGAGAUCAAAAAGCGCGACAUGCACAUGAGCGGCCGCACAUUGCUCGGUCCGCCGCGACGCGUCGCCGCAAUGGCGGGCAGCGACGUGGUGGAAGCCAUGCGGCUCGCCCUCAAGCCAUUUAAUAUCGAUUUCCAGCACCUCGCCGACGACUGGAACGCUACCGUACUUACUUACAGCUGUUGGUACAGAGAUGCCAGCACCCCCUAG